AUGAAAGCUAAAGCUACUAAUAGAUUUAUGAAAGAUAAUCCGGAUAUUUUAUUUACCAGAGCGGAUAAAGGUAAUAUUACCGUGGCAAUAAAGAAGGUUGAUUACAUAAAUAAGAUUAAUAAUAUGUUGUCUAAUGGGGAUACUUAUAUGAAAGUAGAACGCAAUCCUAUACAUAAUAUUGAGAAAAAACUUAAAGAUAUAUUGAACAGAUGGUAUUAUAAGGAUUUUAUUAACCAAAAGACUAAAUUUUACUUAAACUCGAGUGAUUCUCUUCUUCCUAGAGCAUAUGGCAUUCCUAAAAUCCAUAAAAAUGGUUGUUCUUAUCGUAUCAUAGUCUCUACUAUCAAUAGUCCAUUACAUCAAUUGGCUAUUUUUUUGCACAAGAUUAUCUUUAAGGGUAUUCCCAACUCUACUUUUUUCAUAAAAAACAGCUUUCAAUUGUACAAUCAAAUUAGUGGAAUAGAGUUAACUGAGGGUUACACACUUUGUUCUCUUGAUGUUGUGUCUUUGUUUACGAAUGUUCCGAUAGAGCUUGCUAUUGAUAGCAUUUCNUCUANAUGGAAAUACAUCAAACUACACACGAAGAUCAGCAAAGAUGAGUUUAUAUUGGCAGUACGAUUUAUUUUGACAUCAACUUAUUUUACUUUCAAUGACAAUAUUUAUAAACAGACUUUCGGCACACCUAUGGGUUCGCCCUUAUCACCCAUCAUUUCUGACUUAGUUUUACAAGACCUUGGACUUAAAGCUUUAAAUACUUUCAAAUUCAACAUACUGUUUUAUUUUAGAUACGUUGACGAUAUCGUACUUGCAAUUCCCAAAGAUCAAUUAGAUAUUGUUGUUCAUACUUUCAACUCAUAUCAUCAUAGAUUACAAUUCACUUAUGAAUUACAAGAGAAUGAUUCUCUCAGUUUCCUUGACACAAAAAUCAUAAUAAAGAAUAAUAGGUUGUGA